UUGAGAAUCCAUGAAUAACAAUCCUUUUCAUAGUUGAAAAAAUUAUGAAUAGCUCUUCAGUCUAAUGUUGAAAGUAGAACAUGAACAAAAAUUGUUUAGCUCAUUGAAAAAACGUUAUGAUAUAAUCAGCAACUCCAUAUCAACCAUCAAUAUAUAUCUAAGGUGUAGUGAUGAAGUUGUGCUGAUUAUGAUGAGAUUCCUGUUUAUUAUUGCCAUUUUGGCAACGACUCGUGGAGCAGAUCACAACGUAUUCAGAAAUUGUUCCAGGAUACCUUUUUGCAAUGAGUUGAGAAAUAUUAUUCUUCCCGGGGAUUCCUUAUUCAAGGCAGAUUUAUCUUCAUGGAGUUCAUCGGAAAAUAUGGUGAAAAUCCUUCUAACCAACAAAAUAAAUGACGCUUGUAUCCUAGAAUUAUCUUUUCUGGGAGAAAAUAAAUUGAGGAUCAAGAUUGCUGAAGAGAAUUCCAAACGAUAUGAGUUAUCUGAUGUUCUAUUAUCAGAUCCUCCAGCAAUACCAUUCAAUCAUUCAAAGGAGGAUAGUUCAUCUCUCAACUUCUAUCCAACCAGUACUAGCCCAAACAUAAGGGUGAAAAUAACAGAAGGUCCACCAUUCAGGGUUGAAAUUUACAACGAAAACAACUUAUUGGAGGUUGUUUUGGACGGUACCAGAUUUUUCAUGGACAAUCAAAACGAACGCCAAACAUUUGCCUUCUCGGUAGGAUUUGAUGACGCCGAAAGACUUUAUGGACUACCUAGUCACGCAGUGGAUUUGAAGUUACCCCAAACAGCUAAUACUUCAAUGGAUCCCUUCAGAUUGAGAAAUUCUGACACUGCAGGUUAUGAAGUUGGCUCUCCCAUGGCCCUUUACGGAUCAAUACCAGUUGUAUAUGGACAUUCAUCCAAAUCCACAUCUGGUAUAUUUCUACACAACGCUGCUGAACAAUGGGUCGACAUAUCCUACACGGGUACUCGACCAUCAGCAUAUUUUAUGGUUGAUAGUGGAACCCUGGAUCUGUUCGUUCUGCUAGGUCCUACUCUUAAGGAAGUUGUUCGGCAGUUCACAGAUUUAACAGGAGUCACAAACUUGCCACAGUUGUGGACCUUGGGCUAUCAUCAGUGCCGGUGGUCUUACUACACCCAAGAACAAGUCAAAGAAGUUGUAGCCCUCAUGGACACCCACAAUUUCCCAAUGGACGCAAUAUGGUUGGACAUUGAUCACACAGAUGGAAAAAGGUACUUCACUUGGAAUCCUCAAAACUUCAGUAAUCCCGAGGAAAUGCAAAGGAAUUUAUCGUCAACAAACAGAAAACUAGUCACUAUCUCAGAUCCCCAUAUAAAAGUUGAUAUGAACUAUAGCGUAUACGCUGGUGCUAAAGAAAAAUUUUUCGUGAAAUGGGAAAACGGAAGUGAUUUUGAAGGAAGUUGCUGGCCGGGAUUGUCAAGCUAUAUAGAUUUCCUCAAUCCGGAGGCUAGAAAAUUCUAUUCAACUUGGUACUCCUACGAUAAGUACAAUGGAAGUACAGACGUUUUAGCUGGCAUUUGGAACGAUAUGAACGAACCUUCUGUAUUCGAUGAUUCCCUUGAGAAAACCAUGCCAUUCGAGUUGGUGCAUCAUGGCAAUGUAAAACACCGAGACAUCCAUAAUAUCUACGGGUUUCUUCAGACGAAAGCCUCCUAUCAGGGUCUCCUGGACAGAGACAACGGAAAGAAACGACCUUUCGUGCUGACACGUUCUCACUUUGCUGGCAGCCAGAGAUAUGCAACAGUGUGGACUGGGGAUAAUACCGCAGAUUGGCCUUAUCUUAGAGUCAGUUACUCUGAAUGUCUCUCACUGAAUCUUGUUGGGAUUGCGUUUUGUGGAGCCGAUGUCGGAGGGUUCUCCAACAGCCCUGAUGUGGAACUGUUGCAAAGAUGGUAUCAG